GCCGUGUGACGACGGAACGGGUCUAGCCAAUCGUCGUCUGUCCCACUCGCUCGUGUGUGCUUUUAGUUUGCAGAUCGCCCGCCCAGUUAAAAAAAAACUACUUUUCGCGUGCGCAUUGUUUCUUUUUUCAACCUUUAUAAUUUGGCAAUUGUUUUAAUAUAUCUAUACUAUUACAUUAUUUAUUAAACUGCGUUUUAAAAAUAAAUUUAACACUUAAAUACUCCGGGUACUUUCACUUUCCCUAAACGAUUAAACAUUUCAUAUAUGUGAAGUGUCAAUCGGUCAUCGGACCUAUUUUGUUUUGAUUUUCUAUAACAAUUUUUAUAUUUUUUAUAAUAUAAUAUUGGAUAAGAAAUAUUUUUAACGUGAAAUCUCUUCACGCGGACUUACGAUUUGUGUGUCGAAUUCUCAACGAGUGCAAGAAGUGAAUAAACAUCGGCUCAGUGCUACGAUAUUUAUAGUAGAAUAAGUGAUUUUAUAUCAGUUUACGUCUGGAGGCGGUGUUCAUUAUUUGGAUGCACGAGCUAUAAAAAAUCAAGGCGCCGAUUUUUGGCAGUGUUAAAGUUGCCUGAACCAUGCAGUACUGAAGUGAACUUAACAAGAUGAACCCGAAGACUGUUGCGAGGCCUAACUGACGUUAUAUUUAAUGUAAUGGUGCAUCGGUAAGCGUGCAAGAUGCAGGUGUGGCGCGAGGCGCUGGGACGCGGCGUGUCGGCGCAAUGGGGCCGCGUGGGGCGGCUGCGGCGCGCGCUAGUGGUGCUGGCCGCCGCCGCCUGCACCGCCGCCGCGCUGCUCUACUGGCGCCAGCAGCUCGACCAGCGGGACCAUCGACCGCUACACUCGCUAUACUCCAGUUCGGUGGAGCCGCAAUGGUCGUGGAUAUGUCAUAACGACCGGUGCGAGCGAUACCUGGCAUCGGAGACGGCGACGCUGCAGUCGCUGCCCACGUGCAACAUGCUGUGCGCGUCCACGCAACUGUGGCCGCAGCCCACGGGCCCCGUGAGCCUCGCCACCGCCGCCGUGCCCGUGCGCGCCGACCGCUUCUCGCUGCACGUGACGGCGACGCCCUCGCGCGACGUGUCGCACGCGCUCACCGAGGCCUUCUCCCUCAUGCAGGCCGACAUGCGCACCCUGGAGCGCAGCGCCGGCGGUGACGUGCGGCGCGCUGACAUCGAGCCGCCGCGCGACGUACUCGUCCGCGUCGCCGUCAACGGCUCCGGUGACGUGCGUAUGCGCCUCGACACCGACGAGAGCUACAAGAUCAACCUGCGUCCCACGGGCAACUCACUCACUGUAGACAUCACAGCGCAUUCGUUCUGCGGCGCGCGGCACGGCUUCGAAACCCUCUCACAAUUAGUGUGGUUGGACCCAUAUGCAGGCUCGUUACUAAUCCUGGAGGCGGCGACAGUGGUGGAUGCGCCACGCUUCUCGUUCCGCGGGCUGUUACUCGAUACGGCGCGAAACUUCUUCCCAGUCGGAGAGAUCCUACGCACGAUUGAUGCGAUGGCCGCGUGCAAGCUGAACACUUUCCACUGGCACGUGAGCGACUCGCAGUCGUUUCCGCUGCGGCUGAACAGCGCUCCGCAGCUCGCACAACACGGCGCGUAUGGACCCGGCGCCGUGUACACGCCGGACGACGUGCGCGGCAUCGUACACCACGCGCGUCUACGCGGCAUCCGCGUGCUCAUCGAGGUGGACGCACCGGCGCACGUGGGUCGCGCGUGGUCCUGGGGCCCCACCGCCGGUCUCGGACACCUCGCGCACUGUGUCGAGGCGGAACCCUGGAGCGCGUACUGCGGCGAACCACCCUGCGGGCAGCUCAACCCGCGCAAUCCACAUGUGUACACCCUGCUGGAACGUGUGUAUGCUGAGAUCAUAGAACUGACCGGAGUAGAUGACUUGUUCCAUCUCGGCGGCGACGAGGUGUCGGAACGGUGUUGGUCGCAACAUUUCAACGACACCGACCCCAUGGAGCUGUGGUUCGAGUUCACGCAGCGCGCGAUGCACGCGCUCGAGCGCGCCAACGGCGGCCGCGCACCUGAGCUCACGCUGCUGUGGUCCUCGCGGCUCACGCGCUCGCCCUACCUCGAGAGGCUCGACUCCAAAAAGUUCGGCAUCCAGGUGUGGGGCUCGUCGCGAUGGCCGGAGUCGCGUGCCGUGCUGGACGCCGGGUUCCGGUCGGUGCUGUCGCACGUGGACGCGUGGUACCUGGACUGCGGGUUCGGCUCGUGGCGGGACAGCUCGGACGGGCACUGCGGGCCGUACCGGUCGUGGCAGCAGGUGUACGAGCACCGGCCGUGGACGGAGGAGGUGCCGGCGGUGCUGCCGGAGCAGCAGGCGUGGCGCGUGGAGGGCGGCGCGGCGUGCCAGUGGACGGAGCAGCUCGGGCCGGGCGGGCUGGACGCGCGCGUGUGGCCGCGCGCCGCGGCGCUGGCGGAGCGGCUGUGGGCGGACCGCGGCGAGGGCGCGGCGGCGGACGUGUACGUGCGGCUGGACUCGCAGCGACAGCGGCUGCUGGCGCGCGGCGUGCGCGCGGCGCCGCUGUGGCCGCGCUGGUGCUCGCACAACCCGCUCGCCUGUCUCUAGCGCGCUGUAGCGAGAAGCCAAGCGGGGCUUCUCUUGUACAUAACGUUUGAUUAAGUGAAGCUGGUAGAUAGAAAUUGUACAGCGCUUUCGUAUUAGCUAGGCGAACUCGGCGCGGGGGCCGAGACGUUGCGUGAGACUUGUUAAUUUAUUACUCGUUGAGUGUUACUUCACAAUGAUACUGCCAUUUGAGUCACAAGUAUUUAUUCCGUUUAUAGGCGUAUGGAAUGGACGAGUUACAUAGCUAUGAUAUAUUAUGUACAUAAGUGAGCUGCUAGCUCCUACGUCUGUUUGCUGAUUAUCGACCGUGCGGCGGAACCUUACAAUUAGUUUGUAGCAUACUUGUUACCGAUAAACGAAGCGGAAAAUGUCGCGUAAUCAAUCACAACCAAAAUAAGCCAAUCAUUGAAUCAUUAUACGAUAUAAUUUUUCAUAUAAAUGUUUUUAAUAAAUUUUCCUCAGUUGUCUAAGUGUAAUCAGAAGCGUUAUCGCGAUAAUAUUCGUCAUUGUAUAUUUUAUUUUUUUAUACCUUUUUUACUGAUUAUGUUAUACAUUGUUGUAUGAUUGACUAUCACUGGGAAUCAUGUUGCCUACAUUUCGCGUAAAUUUUAAAAUUAAUUAUUUUGAAAACCAUCAUAAUAUUAGUCAAACAGGAUUUUGACGAUAAUUUUAAUAUAAUUUUCAGAAUUAAUUCGUGUAACGUAAAUAACUUUUAUUUAUCUAGAUCGCUAUAUCUGUGAUUAGUUGCUUACAUAAUACAACACAUUCGCGUAUUUCAUUAUAUAAUUAUUUAAUAUAGUUCUGGCAGACGCCUUACAGCCGUUUUCAAUAGUCAAUCUCAAUCUUCAAUCUGAUUCGGAGAAUGAAUCAAUCAAUACCUCAUUUGUUAACAUGUUAAAAAUACUUUGUUCUGAUUGGUCCAUUUUUGAGAUAGAUUAAACAAAGUGAUUGGGAUCGUUUAUUGAAAAUGGUGGAGUCAGUGCAGACGAGAGUAUAGUGAAAUUUACUCUUAAGACAAAUAAUUUAGAGUAGAAAAUCGUAUGAACAGUGCCACAUGAAACGUACACCACUAUCCGAUCUAUAUUAUGCUAUAAUCAGUAGUGAUAUAAAUCAUUUUGCACUGACCGUAAUGCGUUGGCCAAACCCGUCCGAUGAUCCUACACUAGCCAGUCGAGGCUAACGGCAAGUCAAUUAGUAAAGAGAUUCAAAUCGAAAUUGUAUCUAAUUUUGUGUGCUUAUCAAAAGUGUUUUACAUCGACGCUUACAAGGUGAUAUGUCUAAGCGACAAACAAUAAACUUUUGAGUAAAGAUUUAAUGUUUUGAUUUUCUUUGUAUCGUGCACUGUAGUCUAUACCUUAAACUGAUUUUGAAAAGACCAACACCAGUGUUUCUUGCCCGUUCUUCCUGGUGAAAGUGGUCUAUUUGUCGCUUAGACAUGAUUGCCUUUCAAGAGUCGAUGUGUAUUCAUUCCCAUGCUCAUUAAUUAAGCUGAAUGCGUAUUGGUGACGUUAAUUUUUUGUUACGGUUACAUUUUGUCAGUAUGCAAAUUUUAUGAAAACUAUUAAUAAUUUAUAGCUAUAUGUCGUUUAUAGUAUCAACGGGUGAAAGGCUUACCGAAUUAAGAGACAUAUUUAAAAAAAAAAAAUUGUAACUUUUAUCAUAAAAUACAGAAAAUAUGCUGAUUUGAAAUAUAUGUAAACUCAAUGUCACUUACGGCCCUUUUCAAUAAACGAUCUCAAUUUUAAUGACCGAUCCGAUCCCGACAAUAAACCAAUCAAAAUCAUCUGCAAACAUGUCAAAAAAUCCUUUGUUCUGAUUGGUGCAUUUUUACAAUGGAUUAGAAACAGCGAUAGGAAUUAUUCAUUGAAAACGUCCUAAGUCAAUAAGCCUUUCUCAUAGAUGUAACGAGCGUAGCUUAAACCAUGAAACUAGACAAAGAGUCGCCGUAACAAAAAUAAACACAGUGCUUAGUGGAAUAAAAAAACGCAUGUUAUCUGUUGAAGUUGCUAGUUGUAUUUUAAAUGUUGUGUGCGCGAUAUGUUAAGAAUUUUCACUGGACAUACAUAAAAAACUAAACUUUUUUAAAGUUGGUUAAUAUGCAACUGCCCAAAUUCACCUAGAGCAAGAAUUGUAUAGUUUAUUUCAAGUUUGCCCAAGUCUGAGCAGUAAAAAGUUAUUCACGUGGUGCGUUUUGCAAAAUCCUGAUUUACAUAAAAAUAGUAUUUAAUGAUUAUGAAAAUAUCGGCGCUUUUUAUAGUGAACUACGUAAAGAAACGACUUUUUGAACCUUAAUAUUUAUAUAUUUUCAGUCUUAGUUACAUUAAUUUUCAAAAAUGGUAUUUCUCAACUACGUAUUGACAUUACAAAAUAAACAGGUUUUUCGUUUCAAAGGGGUUUAAUCCAACCUUAUUCCAUUUUGAAGCUCGUUAUUUUAUUUGCUUUACAAGGUAAAAACUACCUUUAACAUAUAAGGGUAAAGUGCAUAAAUCGUUGUUGAAAUUGAACGUUCAUCGAAAAAUGUUGUAUCGUUAGAAAUAUUUUAAAUAGUUAUUUUUUCGCUGUGUGUAUUCAAUGUAAUAUUAUGUACAGUCAGCCAUAGAAGUAGCUGAAUAAAUUCAAAAAUAAAAAUAAAUAUUUCUAUGUCUAAAAUAAACAAGAUUAAUGAAGUGAACACAAAACUAUUGUUGAUUAGGACUCAUAAGUUUAAAAGGCAAUUUAAAAUUUUUACAUUUGUUCAGCUACUUAUGUGUCUGGCUGUAUAUUAAGCAUCAUUAUAGCAGAAAAAAUGUCUUGAAAAUUAGAGCUGUAUAAUCGAUAAAAAAUACAUGAAAGACCGAAAUCUUAACGUAUUUUUAGUGGAAUUUUAUUUGAAUAAUCAAUAAUGUUUGGUGUAUUAUUUUUUUACGAGAUCACAAGUUCUGAUAUGAGAUUUGAUUUUGUAUGUUUUUAAUUAAUAAAUGUUUUGUAAAUAGUGCAAUUAUUUUGUAUAUCACGAUGAUUGAGAUUAUUUAUUUUUGAAUUAAUUUAUGUUUUUAAUUUGAAUGAUAGGUAUAAUGUUGUAGGCCAGAAAUGCUUAAAAUUGUCAUAAUCUUCAAUAAGAAAAAUAAUUUCUGGUCAACUUAUAAAUAAAGUAGCCGAAUGUGCUUUCGUUUUCGGCCGGAGAUUCUGACCGAAACAAUGCUAUGAAUGUUGAAUGUGACUUAUUAUUUAAUGACAUGAAUUUAAUUCCCUAGAUGUGAUCAAUAAACAGGCACAAUUUUGUACAUUUUUGUAUGUAAUGUUUGGUGCUAUAGUGAUUUUCGUGUACUUCUAUAAAAUAAAAGAAAUAAUUGGAAAGAG